CCGAGUUGCACGUGCAUUCGCGGAGCUGCGAGAGCCCGGUGCGCGCGAGAACGGGCGCUUGCCGAGGAAGAGCUUGCGAGAGAUCGAAACAGCGUUAUCUAGCUGCCAAGGACAACCGAGAGGGCGAUUUUUCUUCUCCGUCGGGGGAGGAGGAAUAGCAUCUCGUUUCCUCUUCCUCCGCGCGCUCAGCUCGAACAGCUUCUUUCGGUGUAGCGCGUUCGUCCUUCCCAAUCUUCCCCCUCCACCGUCAUCGCCCUCUCUCUCUCUCUCUCUCUCUGUGUUAUUCUCCUUUCGUGAGACUUGCGUAUCUCCCUUCACUCCCCCUACCAACCCCUUCUCGAACUCGUCGACGCGUUUUAUGCAAACGAUCGGUUACGUCUUUGUCGUAUUGUACUACUGUGACGUGCCAGACAUAACCGUGCUUCGAGAAGCCUGUCGAGAUCGACGUCUCCCCUGUCUUCGUUGAAGCUCACAAACGGCCAUCAGCAGAGACGAAGAUUCCGACGAGUCACGGAUAAGACGAUAAAAUGACUAUGGAUGGGAGCAAGAGCGAGCCGGGCAAGAACGGGGCCACUCAACAAGAAUGCGCGGGUUGCGGAAAGGCGAUUACGGAGAGGUACCUCCUGAAGGCGUUGGACAUGUAUUGGCACGAGGACUGUCUGAAAUGCGGAUGUUGCGACUGUAGACUCGGUGAGGUCGGCUCGACGCUCUACACGAAGGCCAAUCUGAUUCUCUGCAAACGAGACUACCUGCGGCUCUUCGGAAACACCGGCCACUGCGCAGCAUGUAGCAAGGUGAUCCCAGCGUUCGAGAUGGUGAUGCGCGCGAGAACUAACGUUUAUCAUUUGGAGUGCUUCGCUUGUCAACAGUGCAAUCACAGAUUCUGCGUGGGUGACAGAUUUUAUCUCUGUGAUAACAAGAUCCUCUGCGAAUACGAUUACGAGGAGAGGUUGGUCUUCGCCAACAUGGCCCUGCAUCCGCCGCCCAGUGCGACCUUGGCGCACAUCAAGAGGCAAGUGACUCAUCUGCAGCCACAGACCGUAGCCGCGGGUGGCCCUCAACGACAAGCGAACGGGGAGACGGCCCAUAACCACAACGGAUAUCCAGCGCCAGCCAGCUCGAGCGCCCAUAACGUCCUGAACCCCAUGAAUAAUUUAAACGGUAUCAAUGCGCAAGCAUCGUACGAUGCCAAAUGACAAACGAAGUAAGCGCCGAUAUAUCGAUUGAGUCGCGCGCGCGCGCGCGCGUGUCGCGGACGGGGACGUCGCGAAAAUCGGCUGUCGUCCUCGUUGUCUACGUAUAGCUUACCAUCCCGAUCGUCCAAACCAGUAACAUUUAGCUCGUGAGUGACUCUGUGGCAGAUCGCGCAUAAUCGAUUAUCUCCUAACUGUCGAAAGGUAUCGUUAUAAGUUGUCGGCGUCGCGAACGGGAGAGACGGCGCGUUUUAUCGUAUAUAGAUAUGUAUUAUAUAUUCGCAUACGAACGCGCUUGGUCGUGGAAUGAAGAUCGAUGGGGCGAAACUCUCCGAAGUCCGGUUUAUGUAAAUAGAAGAUUACAACCAUAAAAUAUACGAUGGUGUCCGAGCGAGGCGACGCGGGAUUAAGUGGGAUAAGCGGCGCGGGAGAAUUUAGACGAGUAAUCCUUUCAUUUACGUAGUGUCGAUCGGCAAAAAGGAAAUAUACCCGCGACGUUUCGUUAAAUAAAAAAAAAAAAACGGCAGUGUAAUAUAUUUUAACCCUUUGCACUCCGGGCCUUUUUCGCGCGGCGCGAAAAUGGCACCACAUGGUGAGUGAGAGUCACCACUGGAGUGCAAAGGGUUAACAGCUGACAAAAUUGCACGGAGCAACUAUUUCUCCCGUGUCACCUUGUCACCGCCGCGCCUUUCGACGAACGCCAUGUUUCCCGGAUGAGUCAUCAUUCCCGUUUACGAAUAGUUUCUCCAACGUAAGAUAGAACGUGUGGGAAGGAUGCGUAAAUCCAAAGUGUUCUUUCGUUGUUUCGCUUCAUUAGAUUCACGUAUGCCCGAUACGUCGAAGGAAUUCGUCUUCCCCACGCUCGACCGGUUAAACGAUGAAUAGAUAGUUAGAUAGACAGAUAGAUAGAUAACUAGGUAAGAUAGAUAGGUAACGAAACGUGUAUUCGCCAAGUAUGGCGAACUAUUGGUGCUCUUUAGACUAUAAUUGAUGGGGUUAACGCGAUUCGGUCCAAGAACGAGGACUGCUGAAGAGAGAAAAAGAGCAGAUGGGAAAAGCAGAAGAAGAACACGAACACAAUGCAGACAAAACUUACGCGAGGACUUUGGCGGACCGAGUAGGUCCGCGUCGAUUUCGGAUUCCCGGAUUUACUCGCUUUGUGCCACGGUGCGAGCGCAUCAUCGGCAUCGACAUCCAAGAGAUCUUUAACAGCCUCCGUCGCGAGAAAGCCGAAACUUCGAGACGGUAAUAAAGUUUGGCCUCUCGUGUUUAAUGCCCACCAUAGCAGGACUGGUCGGCGGGGCGGUAUAACGUGCGGGAUCCCCGUCAAGGGUCUUGCUCCUGCCGGACGUCGGGAGGACGACGGGCACCGAGAUCGAAUCGACGGACUUUGGGGGUCAUGCAGUGCAGCGCAACCGUCGUCUCGCUACCAUCUCGCCGCCGCCAACUCGCCACCCCAUGGGGCUCAUACGUUAGGGGUGACUUAAGCAUUGUUUCAACUUCGAAUCUCCCGACAGAGGCCCAGAUUGAUGUCGCGAACUUUUCCGCUGCCUUAUUUGCGAGUCAGAUAACGAGGUUGAGUUAUGCCGAAAGUUCUCUCUCGCUCUCCGGCCCGUGCUGAUCGUAUCGGAUCACGAGGAAUACCCGCAGUCUCGGGAAGAAUGUUUUAUUUCCUUUCCCUGGGCUCUUCGGGGAUUCGUCGAUGCCAAAAGUACCUACGUCGAACGAUAAUAGGCCGGCAGCUGCGCCGAGAAAUUCUACUGAACAGGUUAACCCUUAACAGGCGCGACUUCUUCACAGUUCUCGUGGCGCGACGCGAGACGACGAAGAGGUUCGUUCUUCGCAUUUGAUCAUUUAUUUCUAUGCAAAUGCAUAAACGUUAAGGCGUAUAUUUUCACGAAGCUAACUGGAAUCGGCUGUGAGACCAUCGUUGAUAGAUUUCGUUGAAGAAUAUUGUCUUACGCGAUUUUAUUACGUACGCGAUCGUACACAGAUUCAUGCGAUUGUAGGAUAAUUUUAUAUACUUUAUAUAUUUUAUAUACUUACUUCGUCGAUAUUAAUUUUAGAGGUGUUCGAAUCAAGCAUCUGCGGAGUCGAAUCGAAGCAAAUCUUUGAUAUGUUCGAAGUCGAAUCGAAUCGAAUUUGAAAUUUUCAUGUCGAAUCGAAUCAAAUUUCUUUAAUUCAAACGCGAAUCGAAUUUUAAUCAGAUUUUCAGAAAUUUUCACUACACAUGCUAAUUUAAAUAUGAUGAAGUACCUUCAAUAAUUAUUAAAAUCUUUUUUUAAAUGGGUAAAAAUAUUAAUCAUUGCAUAGUUUUGAGAAAAUCUCUCACCAACCACAAGGAAAAUGUUGCGCUAAAUGCUAGAAAAUUUGUAACAGAUAUCAGACAGGAGCGUGCAAAGUUUAUAAGCUGGUAAGAUACGUGUAUAUGUAAUCAUAUUUUACAAAUUGGCAAAUAUAUACACAGAAUGUGUGAAAAAUUAUGGAAUUAAUUGUUUUAAUUUUUUGUAUAAGCUAUGUAUUAAUAGUGUUUUUAAACUAAUGCACACCUUACAAAAGUAUCUGUAUUUUAUAAUCAGAACUAUACUAAAUUAUUUAACCACUUGCGCUGGAAAGUGGUGUUACGCAUGUCGUAAUGCUUUUGUCGCAAAAUCGCCAACGACGUGGUAUACACGUCGUCAGGCAAUUGUCACAGAAACGACGUGCGUGGCACGUCGACUGAGAUUCUUUGCCAGAGCACUGAUUCUUAUUGCACUGCAUAGCGUACAGUUGUCAAUAUAUAACCUAUAUUCUAAAUUAGUUUAGAAGAUAUAAGUCUUUCUCCGAUUUCUCUAAGGCAUCGAACAUUGUGUGACGCCUCCCAGCGAGUUACACUGGACCGUUCUGGCACACGCGUCUGUGAAUUUCUUGCCAGCGCAAGUGGUUAACAAAAGCACACUCUUACACGCAUAAUUUUGUCGACAAUAAAAAAAUGACUUUGAGGAACCAAUUUCUAAUUUCAAUGGCCUAUUUGUUUAUAAUUUAUCGUUUAUAAAUGGAGCAAUAAAAAAAUAUGACCGCUUCGAAAGUGAAUCGCCGAUGAUUCGGAAUUACCGAACUAUUCAGAUUUGUAUCUUUUAAAUUCGCAAACAAAUUCGAAUCAACUCAGCAGCGAUUCGAAUUCAAACGAUUCGCAAACCUCUAAUUAUUUUCUCCACAUUGUGCGUCAAUGUUAUACGCGGUGCUGUCCAGUUUCGUAAUUUUCUUUCGAGGUACACGCAUGGACGUUAAACGGCGGCAGCGAUCUUGCAUCUCGACAAUUAACAUGUACGAGACACGCAUAUGUUAAUAAACAGUGCCAAUUUGUUAGCGCACCUUCCGUGAUUAUCACUCGCGAAUAAGAACACCGCACACGUAUACAACUAUUUCCAUGUGGCAACUGUAACGAAUCGUAUCGAUACCUAUUCUGAGACAAGCCCCGAACGCUACAUUCGCCGGGCGCGUUAAAGUCGCCGAUCCAGGCGCGACGACUCCCGCGUGAAAUUCCUUCCGAUAUCCGAAGAUACGUCGACGAUGCAAUUGUGACAAACGAUUGACUCGCGGAAUGCGCGUUGAUUCCAAGAUCAAGUCAGCAUAGUUCCUAACACGUAACGUCUUCGACGAAAUCCUCGACUACGAGAUCUCCGACGGAAUAUUUACAUCGUACUAUGCGACUAUCGAGUGUGAACGGCGUUUAAACGACGCAGGCAAGCAACGUGAGUAUUUUCAGAAGAAUGCGCUAAGCCCUUUUGUACAUUUGAUCCUACGGUGUUCAAACGGAUCGCGUUCUAAAUCCACACGUAAAUCACAAGCAGCGUUGUACGUAUUCAAUCCCGAUUGCGCUUGGAACACGAUGUACGCGAUAAUCGAGAUAUUAUUAAGGAAAUGUGUACGCGUUCGCUAGCAUAGAUACGUUUUGUAUUAUAGUUCUAUCAUAGAGGUAUUAAUAAAUUUGUUUCGA